AUGGAUUUGCUCAUAAGCUAUUUAGGGACAAGUAAUUGGAUUAGAUGCAUAAUUUUGAAUAAUGAUGAAGAUCUUUUUAUAUCAAGUAGUUUUGAUACGUCUUUUCAGUUUUGAGGUAAAGAAAAGAGUGGAUCUGUUAAUAAAUAAUCACAGACCAUAGUAGUGAUGUUCAUCAAUUAAGUUUGAAUGAAAAGCAAAUUUAAGGCAUCUCUUGGGAAUCUCAUAAAUUAAUAUCACUAAUUGAGUAAUCAGAAAGUGAUAAUAUAUGA